UCCUUCAGUCGCUCCUCGCAGGGCAUAUUCUCCAAGCCGUUUACCAUCCUUGUUACCCUUCUCUGGUUACACUGCAGCUCCCAGCGGCACCACCCCAGUCCCAACACCCCGCGGGGAUGACCGCCCCGGAACCGCGUGCUCGCUGCAUUGCCGCCCGCCCGGAUCCUUUUGGCAGGAGCACCGCGCUGACGGCGGCCGCGGAGGGGAGGUGUUCGCCAUGCCCAAAUUGCCAAAAACCAAAGGAGGGAAGCAAGAGAAAAAAGCCAUCCAUCCUUACAGCAGGAAAGCUGCACAACUUGCGAGGGAAGCGCGCAAACAGGAUAAGAAAGAAAAGUUGAAGACUGAGAAAGCUUUUCGUUUGAGUAUUAUUGGAGAAAAACUGCAAUGGUUUCAAAGUCACCUUGACCCCAAUAAAACUGACUAUACAAAGAAGGAAGCUUGUGAGCUAAUUGAAGAGUAUAUGGAACGAUUCAGUGCUGAGUUGGAACAGAUUGAAUUACGAAACAGUAUUAAAGGUAGACAGGGAAGACAGCAUGGAUCAAGGGAAGCUGUCAUCAAGCAGACCAUGGAACGUGAAAGACAGCUCUAUGAAGGCUAUGGGAUAGAAAUCCCAGACAUUGUGAACAGCAAGCACCUUAAAUUUUUCAGGGAGUGGGAUGGUGAUCUGAAGAAGCUACCAAACAUAAAAAUGAGAAAGCUGUCAUUUAGGGAUGCAGUUUGCAUUGAUGCUGACGUGGCAAAUGUGGAAGCUGAAGAAGAACUGAAUAAAGCAGAAGACAUGGCGUCAUGAAGUUUCAAAAGCCGAAACGGCUGAAGGGAAUUGUAAGAAACUUAUUUUAGUUAUCGUGGAAUCAAGAAUAAAACUAGUGUUUCUAAUUAUAUUUGCAAAGGGUUUGCUAAUUACAUUGUUUUUUGUAAGCUCACUGUGCACCUAUGCUAGAGAGUGGAAUUUCAGCCAGCAUAUUGGGUUAACAUUUUUGAAUAUAAAUAAAAUUUAAUAUUUUGUGUCCUUACAUCUCAUUCUAUACCUACGCUUUAGGAUGCAGGCCUCUAAGAUAGCGAACAAAUCGUUUAUGUCUUGGCACCCUGACUAGCUCAGUGCUUCUUCCCUGGUCAUUGAGCAGUCAGGAUUCAGAAACCCGCUGGAUAUACUUUCCAGUGGGAAACCCUUGCCUUUUCCUGGUAGUUCCAAGAAUAUAUGCAUCAUUGAGUAUAUCAAUCAGCAGGUACCCUGUUAAGCAGCAGGCUCAGCUGGUGACAGCUUUUAUGCAUCUCUUGUGGAAGUGGCCAAGGUGCCUUUAGGUGAUGCAGUUGUGAGAAACCACAGGAGGGUAAAAAAACCUUUACUUAUUGAUGUUUAAUUUCUGCACUUGCAGUGUUUGCACUGAGAAGCCUGGAGCGGGGAGUAAGAUAGAGUCUUGCCUCAUGUUACACAGAUGAGAUAGUUGAAUCUUUCCUAUCAGUUUCAUAAUCCUCCCAUGCCUGUGCUUUUAAAGUCGCCAAUUAGGGUUUUGUACAGGGAGGAGUUUCUUCUCUUAGGUUGAAAAUGCCCUAGGAGUGCUGCAUUGUUAUUCUGUUUCUUAAGAAAGAAAGCAGCUGCUGCUAACAGCUGGAAUGAGAAAUAUUACAGCGAUGUUCUUUGUUCUUAUGAAUUUGCUGUAGGGAAUACCUUGGAAUGCUGUUUACUUGUAAGGUUUAUAAAUAACAAUGUUAAAGUCCUUUGUUAUAAUUCUUAUUAUAGUUGGCAGGGCUUUUUUCUGGGUAGGUUAUUCUGAUGGAAGACUUAUUUCUUUCUUAAUUUGGUCAGAUACUGCUUCACCACUUGUCUGUUUCUUAAUUGUGACCUGCAAAGUUGCAAUUGUUAAAACUCAGUUUUCUUUAACUAUCCGGGCUCAAAUUAAACAUAAAAAAAAAUCAUACAAAAAGUAGUGCUUUAACAUAGAAGCCCACUUUUAUGUAAGAACUUUGUUGUUUUGUUUUUUUUAAAGGAAAUGUAUUUUUUAAUUUGUUACACUGUACUUUGCAGCAUACUUUACUGAGAUACGCUUUUAUUCCUGACAGCCUUGGGGAGCUUAGACUUCUCUGAGGUACUGGAUGAAUUAUAUUCAGAUUUCCUCAGUAGCAGUAGAGUGUUGUGCUCUGAUUCUAGAGCUGAUCAUUUUGAUGGCCUCGGCUGGAAAGAACGAGCUAGCUUUGAUUCCAGUAGUAACUGGAUUUUGGUUCACCAAAAAUUGGGAUGGUACAAGCCAGGAAAGCAACAAAGGCAAUACAUACAAGCCAUUUUCUAAGCCAUUCCUAGGUAGUUCAAGAAAUAUACUUGAGGAUUACAUUAUGCAUGAAUUAUUAUUAUUUUUUUUACUUUAUUGGGGUAGCGCUUAUAUGCAUCUCUGUAAUGACACUGCCAUAUAUGAAGAUAAGAGUCUGGAAUCCAAAAACGUUGGACUCCAACUUUAAAAAAAAAAAAAAAAGCCAAACAGAUGUAGAAGAGUAAUAAAAAGGUGUUUGUUUGUUUGUUUUUCUCAGCAGGAAAGAAGUUCUCCACUUAGGGAAUCUUCCCAGCUCAGUUUUCUAGUAAGGGGCAAAUAAACACCUGCACUUCCUAAGUAUGUCAGAUCAGCUGGUUUGGUCUGAGGUGAUGUAUCAGUACCAGCAUGGUAUGAUCCAUACAUCACCUUUCUGUUUUCCUUUGCUAAUGAGCUGUUCUGCAAUUAAGGUAUUGCCUUAAGUGCAGCUAGCAAGAUCUUGGGCAACUUUCCUAGUAAUGAAACUCUAAAAAACAGAUGACUAUGGGAAACUUCCUGCAGUAGUCCAGCAAUUGAAUUCCCUAAAGCUUACCUGCUCAAAUGGCAAAUACAGCCCUGUUUUCUUUAAAGGAACUGUUUAGCGUGCAACUAGUUACCUGUUACAAAUGAAAAAUAAAAUUAACUUCAAACUAAUUUACUAGACCAAAGUGCUGUUAUUGCUUUAAAAACAGAGUCAUUUUCUAGAAAGAUUAGAGUAAGGCAGCAGCAUUCUAUUAAUAGCGGCUCUUAUUCAUGUAAGUACAUUCACAUGGAGUCAACCAAGACAGCAACAUGCUGAUUUAAAAAUUUACUAAGCGACAGUGCCUCUUUCUGGGUCAUGAAACGGUCAGAAAUUCUUACCCAUAGAUUUUUAAUGAAGCAUUCUUUUCCCCAGCCUGCCAGCUCUAGAAACGUGCUAGCAAACCUAGAAGCAAAGUAGCACUUGAGGAAGAAUCACUAAAGCCUUUGCCAGAACUUCAACUAAUUGUUCUUUUGACUGCUGCCUUCUUCGGGUCUACUGUAAGCAGCAGUCAUGCUUCUGAGACCUAGUAAGAUUAGACUUGAUUUAGCUAACAUGUAUUUAAAAAUGACCACGAUCUUCCAUCUUAUUUGUUUUUUGUUUGGAAUAGUUCUCAUUGUUAUUUGUAUAUAAAUAACAUGAAAAUACAAGUAUAUAUAUAUAUGUUUACUUAUGUGUGUAUAUAUUUAAUAACCUUAGAGCUGUUGACAAACAAAAGAAUGUUCUGUGAUUCCAUUAAUUAAAGCUGUGAGGGCAUAUUUCUCCCAGG